ACUCGGUCCAUUUCCCCAGCGUUCCCCUAACUGACACUCCCACAAGUUUUCUCCCUUUUACUGUAUUCGUAUUUGAUUAUUAAAUCUGUUUACCAGUUGAUCAAGAAAUUGACUCGUACAUAUACACAAACAGUAUAGUAUACAUCAGAUUAGGGUUGGGAAAAUUUGUCGAGUUAGAAGUAUUGCAAUCAACAGUUGUUCUUCUUCGCCGGAGAAAUACAGAAAGGGUACUGUGAAUUCAUGGGGAUGGACAAUGAUCUCUUCCUCCACGUGGUCUCCAUGUCUCUGUUCCCAUAUCCCUAUAAUUAUUGUGAAUUGUUUACCUUUUAAAGCAGAAAUGCAUAAUCUUUUCUAAUAGACAAGUUCUUAAUCAUUGUUUUUGAAAUUAUUCUACUUUUAAACUAAUCAAGUAUUUGCAAACGAACAAGGAGAUGGGAAUCACCAUCUUCUGGUUUUCAAGCGAAACCCAGUUGAUUUCAAGGAAGCCUGUAAUUUUUUCUGCUUGAUCCCGAGAUAGGUCUGUAAAUUUGGUCCACUUUUAUAUUAACUUAUUUCCUGGACUUUUGUUCAUUUAUCAAGAAAGUAAGACCCAGAGAAGCUCGGUCUGUGUGCGUUUGUGUGAGCAUUGAUCACCAUCGAUAUUUUGUGCAUUUGUGCGAGUGGGUGAGAGAGUAGGAGAGUCAGAGACAGAGGGGGAAGCUGGUGAAGGUAUCACUUUCAGAGAAUUCCCUUUCAUGAAAGGAGUUGGGUGGGGGAAAGAGGGAACACGCCAGAGGGGCUCUAAAUCAGAUUUUCAAGGCGGGAAAGGAUCUCCUUUUUGGAGAGGUUGCUGCGAUUAGUCAAUAGAUUAAUCUGGUGAAAGUCCGUUAUGUUUAAGGUUGUUAUUAGUACAUGAAAGGGGUCGUCAAUGUGGCCUAACUUGUACAGUUUGGAUGGAUGUAUGUGAAUCAGAGCAACCAUUGCAGAAGCAAUCUACAGUAGGGACGACAAGAUUACCUCUGGUUCCAGCUGAGAACAAGAAUGGAGUCACUCGUCAGGCCCGGACAAGAGAAGUUAGUUCUAGAUAUAGGUCGCCUACACCAUCUGCAAUCACCGGUCCAAAACGGUGCCCUUCGCCAAAUGCCACCAGGAUAUCAUCAACGUCAACUAUAUCGGUGCCAAAGAGGGCUACAUCAGCUGAAAGAAAGCGCCCAUCUACACCAUCAUCACCACCGUCUCCGUCAACACCAGUUCAGGAUACAGCUGCAGAAAUACUGUUGGCAUCAAGAAAGGUAGUUGGCAAUAGGUUACCGGAAUCCCUAUGGCCUUCUACAAUGCGGAGUCUCAGUGUUUCUUUCCAAUCUGAUACCUUUUCUCUUCCUGUUACUAAGAGAGAAAAACCAGUUUCUCACACGCCUUCCGAUCGCACUCUGAGGCCAUCGUCAAAUGUUGCUCACCGACAGGCUGAAAGUCCUGCUUCACGGAAGCCCACACCAGAGAGGAAGAGGAGCCCACUUAAAGGAAAGAAUUCUGCUGAUCAAUCAGAGAAUUCUAAACCUGUUGAUAGUUCACAUCCUCGUCUAGUGGAUCAACAUCGGUGGCCAAGCAGAGCAAGUGGGAAAGUAUCCACUGCUCUGAGUAGAAGUAUUGAUCUGGCUGAUAAGACGAGCAAAACUUCAUCUGUAUCCUGUUCAGGAACAGGUACACCUUCCCUUAGGAGAUUAUCUCUGGAUGGGACAAGUAAACCUUUACUCAAAUCAACCAGUGAUUUGCUGAUGCGAAUUUCUCGUGGAGAGAAUGGAAAAGCAAUGUCAAAUGGAUGUUCAUUGGAUGAUGGUUCACCGCGGACGCAAAAACCUGGAUCUUCAAGUUCAUCAGAUAGAACACAAUUGGUAAAUGCUGCAGCUAGAGCUCUGUCUUUACCAACUCCUGGCUCGCGCCCUCCAUCGCCCUCUCUGUCUAGAGGGGUCAGUCCAUCCAGAGCAAAGGCUGUGAAUCCUUCUUCUAGAGGACCAAGUCCUGCUCGGGUUAGACCAUCCAGCCCGUCCAGACAACCUCAGAGUUCGACUUCUGUUCUCAGUUUUAUUGCGGACAUUAAAAAAGGAAAGAAGGCUGCUAAUCAUAUUGAGGAUGUCCAUCAAUUGCGGCUCUUAUACAACAGACACUUGCAAUGGAGAUAUGCAAAUGCUCGAACUGAUGCUGCACUGCAAUCUCAGAAAGGAAAAGCAGAGAAAAUGUUGUACAGUGUCUGGGGGGCAAUUGGUGAUCUUUGGGACUCGAUAAUGGAGAAAAGGAUUGACCUCCAGCAGCUCAGGCUCAAAUUGAAUCUUUACUCAGUUUUGAACAAACAACUAACUUGUCUUGACGAGUGGGCUUCAAUUGAAAGGGAUCAUGUCAACUCAUUAACUUGGGCCAUUCAAGAUCUGCAGGCUAGCACAAUCCGCAUACCAAUCACAGGAGGAGCAAGGGGAGAUAUUGAAACUGUUAAGGCGGCUAUAUGCUCUGCUGUUGAUGUGAUGCAGGCAAUGGGAUCCUCCUUAUAUUCCAUACUUUCAAGGAUGGAGGGGAUGAACCGCUUGGUGUCUGAACUUGCUAGUAUAGCGGCACAGGAAAGAGCCAUGCUUGAUGAAUGUGAAUCAGUUUUGGGAUCUACCGCUGCAUUGCAGGUGGAAGAAUACAGCCUGAGGACACACCUAUUACAGAUGAAACAAGGUUGGAGAAAUGGGGAACCGUCAAUACUUGGGUAUUAAGAUAAUUCAACACGAGAUGCUAACUUCAGUUUCCACCCCUCCGCAAUGACCCUGACGCAACCUUUUUUCUUUUGUGAGUGUAAAUUGAUGUUCCUACGUCGUCCGCCUUGCGUAUUUUCUUUCAACCCUCUCUAUAGGUUUAGUUAGAAUCUGUAAUUCACAAUAUUUCGGGUGUAAUAGUCUUGUACCUGGGCUAGAGCUCUCUCUUCAUUGUAUUUAAUUUGUAAAAAACAAAGAAAAGGAAAAAGUGAAAGGAAGUGUUGAAUAUACUGAACCAGACUUGCAUGGACUGGUUUCUCCUUUUGCAGGUGUAUGGAAA